CACGGAAUGUGCUGUGUUACCUUCUGGUGGACAAAAAUGUUUGCAAAAUGGCAGAGACAAACAUCUGCCACAGUGAUUGCAUUUGCCAUCAUCUUGAUGCUUACACGACCCUCUGUGUAUUGUCUAUCGAUACAAAAGCCAGCCUUCCAGAUCCUAGACUGUGACCCUAAUCAUCCCUUAGAGUUGGAAAGAUCUGUUGUGGCUCAUGAGGCUACUUGCAUAGGCAUCCCCAGAAAGAAUGAUGUCACGUGGUACUUGAAGUGGAGUGAGCCAUAUAUGAUGGACUUUGCUGAAGUUGGAUACUGCAGUCGCGUCUGCCAUUCUGACUGGGAAUUCGUUUCCAUUCAAAGACCGACGAAAACAACGAGUGUCAUUCGCAUCAAGGGCCGCGUGAGGAACCUCGGUCUGUCGGGUAUAUCUUGCAGAGACUACAACCGCAAGACUAAACAACAAAAAUUCUACAACUGCUCGAUAACCGUCAGACAGACAAUGGUACCUAAACUUGAAGGAGAAGGGAUCGACGAAGAAGGGACGACUUCACCAGAUGAUUUAUUCAAGAAAAGGGCAGCUAAAAUUCAAGAAAAAGGGAUCGACGAAGAAGGGACGAUUUCACCAGAUGAUUUAAUCAAGAAAGGGGCAGCUAAAAUGGAAGAGAAAGGGAUCGACCAAGAAGGGACGAUUUCACCAGAUGAUCUAUUGAAGAAAGAAAUCUACACGAAGAGGACCAAUGACUCAGGGGCACCAGAACUUGAAGAAGAAGGGGCCGACGAAGGAGGGACGACUUCAACAGAUGAUUUAUUGAAGAAAGCAUGGACACUACAGAAGACGGUUGGGGCGUCGGUGGUAAUCAGACCACAUGACAGCAACACUGAGGGGACUUGCAGCAUGGAUCCCUGUCGACUGAUGACUUCUAUGAGUACGAAGUGGAUCUUCUUCCUGAUGACUACCAUUCCAAAGUUACUUUGCACCUGAAUUAAUAUUUAGUCUGCAUUUGUAAAUACACAGUUUAUUAAAAGAAA